AUGCCUGAUCGUCUGGGCUUCUUCAAUCAGCGCGGAUUGACGAUCUCGGCAGCCAAGUCGUCCGUCAGUGCUUUCACGCUGGACCCGAAGGAGUUAAAUCGUCACCCGGCUAUCAUCGUCAACGCUGAGGUUUUGCCGCUGGUUCGUAAGCCCGAGCACCUUGGCGUCCGUUUAGAUCCGCUCUUCACGUUCGCGAACCAUGAGAGGGAGGUCGGAAGAAAGUGA